AGGGAAAGCACAAAGUACCCUUUCGGAGAUCUCAAAGUGUUUUAUUACCCCUCGGUGUUUCCGAAGCCGCCUAAGCUCUUAACAUAAAUUCUCGUUAUUUUCCACUUUAAUUCUAGUUUUUCUUUACUCAAAAACAAAAUUAGAACAAAUUCAGAGGCUAUACCCGAGAGAGAGAGAGAGAGAGAGAGAGAGAGAGAGAGAGAGAUGGCAGCUUUUUCUUCAAUGCAUUGCCCUCCUUCAUAUUCUUCAUCAAUAAAUGGAGGCCGGAACCAAAGCUUUAUUUUCUCUGCUUCUCCCAGAGUUUCUGUUCCAGCUAAAGCUAAGGUCUUUGUUCAAUCAACCGGAAAUUCCCAUCAAAAUGUUGUCCUCAUGCAAGAUGGUGCAGUGGCAACGAAAGUGUCACCCGUGGCAAAAGAAACCCCUAUGGAGAAAUCAAAAGGCGACUUGUUGUCAGUUACAUCUUCAAAGGAAUGGGAUGAAAAAGCAGGUUUUGAUAUCAAUGAAAAUGAGUCGACUGUCAGUAUCACGGUGGUCGGAGCUUCCGGGGAUCUUGCGAAAAAGAAGAUAUUCCCUGCACUUUUUGCACUUUAUUAUGAAGGCUGUCUUCCUGAGCACUUUACCAUCUAUGGAUAUGCGAGGAGUAAGAUGACUGAUGCAGAACUAAGGAAUAUGGUGAGCAAGACCCUUACUUGUAGGAUCGAUAAAAGGGAGAACUGCGGUGAAAAGAUGGACGAAUUUCUUAAAAGAUGUUUCUACCACUCUGGUCAGUAUGAUUCCGGGGAAAAUUUUGCACAGUUGGACAAGAAGCUCAAGGAGCAUGAGGGCGGGAGGGUUUCUAAUCGCCUCUUUUAUCUCUCUAUCCCUCCAAACAUUUUUAUCGAUGCCGUAAAAUGUGCAAGCACGGCAGCUUCAUCUGGUAUUGGUUGGACCAGGGUCAUUGUUGAGAAACCUUUCGGUCGAGAUUCAGAAUCUUCUGCCGCACUAACAAAAGCGCUAAAACAGUACCUAAAUGAGGACCAGAUAUUCAGGAUAGAUCACUAUCUAGGAAAGGAACUUGUGGAAAAUCUAUCGGUUCUUCGGUUCUCCAAUCUUAUUUUCGAACCAUUGUGGUCGAGGCAGUUUAUUAGAAGUGUACAAUUGAUAUUUUCUGAAGAUUUCGGAACCGAAGGACGUGGAGGGUAUUUUGACCAUUAUGGAAUAAUUAGAGACAUAAUGCAGAAUCAUCUUCUUCAAAUACUCGCUCUCUUUGCUAUGGAAACUCCCGUAAGUUUGGAUGCGGAGGAUAUAAGAAACGAAAAGGUGAAGGUGUUGCGGUCAAUGAGACCGUUGCGACUCGAAGAUGUAGUUAUAGGCCAGUACAAGAGCCAUACUAAAGGAGGAGUUACUUACCCCGCGUACACGGACGACAAUACCGUGCCGAAAGAUAGCUUGACCCCUACAUUCGCGGCAGCUGCCUUGUUCAUAGACAAUGCGAGAUGGGAUGGGGUGCCUUUUCUUAUGAAAGCCGGAAAAGCUUUACACAAUAAGAGGGCAGAGAUAAGGGUACAGUUCAGGCAUGUGCCUGGCAAUUUAUAUAACCGGAAAUUCGGAACCGAUCUCGAUCAAGCUACAAAUGAGCUUGUCAUUCGAGUGCAACCAGAUGAAGCUAUUUAUUUGAAGAUCAACAACAAGGUCCCUGGACUUGGGAUGAGAUUGGACCGCAGUAACCUAAACCUUCACUAUGCUGACAGAUACUCGAAAGAGAUCCCGGAUGCGUACGAGAGGCUUCUGCUGGAUGCGAUCGAAGGUGAGAGGAGGCUAUUUAUCCGAAGCGAUGAGCUCGAUGCAGCCUGGUCACUCUUCACUCCCGUUUUGGCGGAGCUCGAAGAGAAAAAGAUUAUACCGGAAUACUACCCAUACGGAAGCCGUGGCCCUGUAGGGGCUCAUUAUCUUGCAGCCAGAUACAAUGUUCGGUGGGGCGAUCUCGGCGUAGAACAGUCAGCAGCCUAAGACUGCAUUCCGACGUCGCCGUCAACCUAGAUUUACCGGAACAGAGAAGCUUUGCAUGCAAGUUUGUGUAAA